AGAAAGUGCAGCCCUGGUGCCAUCGAUGUAUAUCCACCUUGGAUUUUCGCUUGUCUGCAGUUAUUUCAAUUAAGUUGUUUCAAAUCAGCGUUUUUGUGAGUGCACACUAAGCUGUUUUUCUGCGUGAUCAGCCGGCAAGUGGGUAAAAUUCACCUGUUGACCAGCGGCAAUAAGCCAAAACAAAACAACAACAAUCGUGGAUCAAGUUCUUGGCGGAAAGGCGCGCAAUUAAAACCUAACGUUCAGUUCGCUUUUGAAUUUCUCGCCGAGCGGUUGUGGCGAAAAUAAGGGCCCGCUGGAAAAACCGGUUUUCAAACACCAGCGAUUGAUCCUCUUCGAAAACGUGAAAGAAAACAAAAAGACGAGGAAGCGCCGCCGCAGCCUUUAAUUGAAAAAAAGGGUGUCAAUAUUAGCAUAGAAAUCGAGGCACAGGUGCAUUUUCGUCUGCGUCAGCCAAAUUGAAGAGUUCCGGAGAGACGGCGAUCCGAUCCGAUAAGAGCGUAUAAUGUUGGGAACUUUGCUGUGGAUUUUCUUCGUCGGCCUGCUGCUGUGUGCGUUCCUCUUUUCGAAGACCACCAAGGAGUUCCCGAAGUCCUGGUUCGAGUGGAAGACUGAGUUUCGGUAUCAGUACCUGGGAAUCGUUGGGCUCGUCCACGAUGCCCAGUAUAAGGCACGGGAUCGAGUGGCACUUUAUAAACAACCGGACCGCAUUGCUGUCAUCACCGGAGGCAAUCGCGGCAUCGGACUGCGGAUCGUGGAGAAGCUGCUGGCCUGCGACAUGACUGUCGUCAUGGGCGUUCGUGAUCCCAAAAUUGCCGAAACCGCAGUUGCAUCGAUAGUCGACUUGAAUGCUACCAAGGGCAAGCUCAUCUGCGAGCAACUGGAUGUUGGGGAUCUGAAAUCCGUAAAGGCAUUUGCUCAGCUCAUCAAGGAGCGGUAUUCAAAAGUGGAUUUGUUGCUGAACAAUGCUGGCAUCAUGUUUGCGCCCUUCAAACUAACCGCCGAUGGCUACGAGUCGCACUUUGCCAUCAACUUCCUGGGACACUUUCUGCUCACCCACCUGCUUCUGCCUCAAUUGAGGGCGGCAGGCAAGGAGGGAAGGAACUCCAGGAUCGUGAACGUCAGCUCCUGCGUGAAUCUCAUUGGACGCAUCAACUAUAAGGACAUUAACGGAACAAAACACUAUUACCCGGGAACCGCCUACAGUCAGUCAAAGCUUGCUCAGAUCUUGUUCACCCGCCAUCUGCAGACACUGCUGGAUGCAGAAAAGUCGCACGUGCAGGUCAAUGUGGUGCAUCCGGGCAUUGUGGACACGGAUCUGUUCGAGCACUCGGCCACCACAUCGGUGCCCAUUUUCAAGAAGCUAUUCUUCAAGACUCCGGAAAGGGGAUCCCGCACGGUGGUCUUCGCGGCCAUUGAUCCCUCCAUCGAGGGUCAGGGUGGUACUUACCUCUCCAACGGCGGAAAGGGUCCUUUCCAUCCGGAUGCCAAGAAGCCGGCAAAGUGCGAGCAGCUUUUCCAGUUCUCCUGCGACCUGUUGAAAAUCCAGCAGUACGGAAAUGGCGAAUACUAAAUGAACUCCACACUCAGUCUAUCUCACAUUCCUCCUACUGGUGCAACGUACUUUUCUAGAUACCGUCAGCUUUUUUGUAAAUCGAUUUCUUUUGUAUAAAAACAUUUUUAUAUAG